CAUGAAGACUUGGCAAGGCUGAAGGACUUAACAUGACACAAACCUAUCGCCAUAACCUGUAGAUAUACUCAAUACCUGUGAUCUAUACCCAGAAAUGGCAAAUCCAGAAAGCCUAACGCCCUUGUCGAAAGAUGAGCUUCAAGAGCUGGCAGAGCGCGCAAUCUCAGCCAAGGAAUAUGCAUACUGUCCAUACUCCAACUUCCGCGUCGGAGCAUGUGUUCUGUUAUCAACCGGCGCAUAUCAUACAGGCUCAAAUGUCGAGGUAGCUGCUACACCAGUCGGUAUCUGCGCAGAACGAUGUGCCAUUGCACCCAUCGUCGCCUCGAUCAAACGUCCGGAUAUGCCCGUCAUGCGCGCUCUCGCGGUGAGCACCGAUAUUGAUCCGCCUGCUAGCCCCUGCGGGAUGUGCAGACAAUUCAUCAACGAGUUCGCAACCUCGCGGGAUUUACCCAUUUACAUGUACGGCAAGGACGGGUUGAGUGGGAACGUGGUCAAGAUGACGAUCGGAGAGUUGCUGCCUAUGAGCUUUGGACCGAAUGACUUGAAGCGGAAUGAGUAGGAACGACUUUGAUUACAGCGUGCUUGACGCCACGUCUUGAUGCUCAGAAGACAACCACUAGUUAUUCAUGACCAUCAAAUGUCAUGCCGAUCAAGCUAUCCUCCAGGUCUGCUUUCUCGUCGGGUGUGAGAUGAUCGGACUCGAGUUCAUUCAUCAAGUCGUUGUCCAGCCUGUUCAUCACCUAGAAAACAUCAUCUGGCUCGACCUUGAAACUCUCGCCAUUCUC